CUCUCUCUCCAAAAGUCCACUUGCUUUGUGUGUGACUUCAUAGAUUGUACGAUCAUAUGGUAUCAGCGGAAACGGCGACAAUGGCGGAGGCGAAGAUGAUUUUCAUGACGGAGGCGCCACCGUCGUUGUCAGGACCUCGCAUUUCCUUCUCCGCGGAUUUAUCAUCAUCAGACAGCGAUGGAGAUUUCAUCUGCAUCAACCCGGACAAACUCGUGUCGGGAAAAGAAGAAAAAGACAAGAGCUCCGUGAAAGCCGGAGACUUUGAGUUUCUGUCGAAUACCCAAACGAUGCUUACCCCCGACGAGCUGUUCUCCGAAGGAAAGUUGCUUCCUUUCUGGCAGGUAAAGCAUUCAGAGAUGCUUCAAAACGUUACACUGAAAACAAAAGUCGACGAAGAUAAAGAAGAUCGUAAAGAAGUGAAAGAGCAGGUUAUUAACAACAACAAGGAGCAGGAGAAUAACAACAACAGAGGAAGCUGGUUUCUUGACGACGAUCCUUCUCCACGUCCACCAAAAUGCACGGUGCUGUGGAAAGAGCUUUUGCGGCUGAAGAAACAGAGGACCAACACGACUACGAAUUCGUCAACGAGGGCAUCGUCUCUCUCGCCGUCUUCUUCUUCGAGCUCGACUUCUUCUUCGUCGAGCUCCAUUGGGGAUGCGGUGAAGAAGGAGGAGAGAGAGAAGGAAGGGAAGAGAGGUAAUAAAGGAUUAGAGAGGACGAGAUCUGUGACUAUGAGGAUAAGACCCAUGAUUCAUGUUCCUGUUUGUACUCCGUCUAAGUCCUCUGCUCCGUUGCCUCCUCUGUUUCCUCUAAGGCUUCAGAAAAACAGAGUAGAGAGACGAACUUGAUGAUAGACAUCGUUUUCUCUAUUUGGAUUUAUAUUAUCUACCCUUCUUUGGUUGGGUUUUGUGAUUAGAUGGAUUGUGUUUUGUUGAACUUUGUGAUUGAAAUCUGAGGUGUGACAGUGUAUAAAUGUGAAGACAUUUUCAUACCCGAAAACAAUAAGAAAUUCAU